CAAUGCUGCGUGGAAGCUCGCGUGUCAUGUCUACUUCCCCCCUUCUUCUUCCGAUUACUGUUUAGCUUCUCUUUGUCGCGCAGAUCUGCCGAACAAGUUCGCGUUUAGAUCUAGAUUGUCUGGGACUGGUUUUCUCGGCUGUGCAGAGAUUAUCGGAAGAAUUUUUAUUACUUUUUCGUGUUCUGUUGGGGUGUAUUUAUCUGCUAGGGACGGGUUUACAGACAGAUCCUGUUCGGAUAUGCAGACGGAGAGGGGUGUGAGGGAUACUCAUUUUUUUUCGGAUGGGUUAAUCGAUGGUGCAAUGGUUGGCACUAGGGAGUUGAAUGGAUACGCGACUAAUCCGAUAUCUUCUUCUGCAUCGGUAUCAGCUCCCUCUUCGUUCACCCCAGUUCGUGCAAAUUUCAUCGAGCACCGCGUUUCUAAGAUGGAUACACUCGCUGGCAUCGCGAUUAAGUAUGGCGUUGAGGUUGCAGAUAUCAGAAGAAUGAAUGGCUUGGUAACAGAUCUUCAGAUGUUUGCACGCAAUUCUUUGCAGAUUCCGCUGCCGGGAAGACACCCUCCUUCUCCCGUGAUGUCGAACGGGUCAACUCAAAACGGAGACAAAACUCGUCGGCAUCAAUCUCGCGAUAUUGUAGAUUCAAUCCAAUCUCUCAAACCGAAGCCUCCUCCCCGCCGCCUUUCCCCUGCAAUGUGCAGUCUUCAGGGUUACUAUGGCCUCACACAACCUAAAAAGAGUCUGCUACCUGAAGGCACGGAGAUGUCUGUUUUUAAAUCAGGGAAGACCCUCAAGUUCGAAGAUAAUUCACAUUUCCUGGAAUCACCUCUAAAGUUAGCCAAUGGUUUCCCUCUAGAGAAUGGUGAUCUCUCUGGAAACACACCAGAGAUUCUACUCAAGGAAGAAGGUACUGGGGGUGUGUUUUCAGGAAGAGUAGGAAAAGGUUUGGCAUUAAGGCCAAAGCUUGGGAGCAGGACUGACCUCGAUGACAGUCGCUAUAACUCAUCGUCGGCCGGUGAUUCCCUUGUCGGAGACGUUUCUGUCUCAGUUCGAAAAUCAUCCAGUGCCUCAAACUUAAGCGAGUCGGAGAACACCACAUCCAUUUGGCCAACAAGCAAAUGGUCUUUGAAGCCAGAUUUGAUUGCCAGACCAAUUUUUGAUGGAUUUCAAAAGCCUCUAGCAGCAUGGAGAAACAAAGCAGCUCUUGAUUAGCAAAAUUUUUUUAAAGAAAUUUAAAAGUACAUAAAUUUUUAUACGCAUUAAUAUGAUUUCUCCAAGGGAGAGGAGAAGUGAGGAAUGUUAAAAUAAAAAGAAAGAAAGGAAAAGAAAGGACAAUCAAUAUUAUGAUGUGAUUCUUGUUUUGAUUCAUGGAUGAAGAGAGCACAAUACGUAUUCUUUUGUAAUAGGUAGUGUGGGAAUUGUUCAGCUAUAGAAUUACCUGACGCCUCUUCCCUGUAUUAUUCUUUUAAUUAGACAUUCCAGAUUCAAGCAUCUGAGUUUUAUUUUGUUUAGCAAACUCUAUUUCUUUGGGAGAUUCAGAUGUAUACCACACAAUCCCUAUGCCUUUACAU